UGUUGCAUACAUCUCACCUUUUUCCUAAAUGUAUAAAAGUCGAAACAAUCUAAAUUGCGUCAUAGAAAUACUCAAACUCGCGUGUGGAACUUAUGAUAUUGUAAUUUAAUCAAAGCGAGCGCAGUGAUUAAGUGUUAUUGUUUUUCUUUUUGAAUAAGAAAAAGGAUCAAGAAAACAGUUUUGCGAGUAGGCGGUUCGGCGUGCUGUAUAAUUGUGCUUUCCGACUAUAUUUUGAAUUACAACCAGUUACAUAAUUAAAUAUUAAGUGGUUCCUUAUUAAGGAUUUGUUUAUCAAGUGCAUUCAGCUAAUGUGGAAUAUGUGCAUCUAUAAGGGAGAAAAUAAGAAAGCAAAGAAAGACAGUGAGAGUUCGAACAUGUCUGGCGAGAUACAGGGUGUCCUUAACAAGGCCAAGGCCGACCAGCGGUUAAUUUGCGGAUUAUCCGCGACCGUAUCGCGAUUGGAACAAAAUCCUGACGAUGUGAUUUUGUGCCUUUUGCCAAGCGUCAGACCUGGAGAUUCCGCAACACACAUGCAAAUCGUCUUAUUACAAGCUUUUUGCUAUGAAAAUUACAUCCCAGUUAUCCAGGUGGACAACAGCAAAAGUUUGGCCCAAAUGUGCGGUAUGAAGAAUUCGGUAAAAACAGGUUCCGAAUUCUUCUGUGCCAUCGUCGUCAGAGAUGAGGAUGAACUACAACAUAAAGAGGACGAAGACCCACCGUUAUCACCAUCAGAAAAAGCCCUGGUGGACUUUUACGAACGCUCGUUGAAUUUUUAUCCACAACCGGUGAUUCACCUGUCGCCACCCGUAUCCUGAAGAGAGAACUACGUGAUGGGACGAAAACCUUAAUAAUGGAAAAAAUAUGAAAAAUGUUCCCAGUGAUAUGGUUUGUCUAAUUGUAAUUGUUACAGUUAAAUGUACAGAUAAAUAUUGUUAUCGAUAAGAAGACGUUUCGCUGCCAUUGAGCAUCACAUGAAUACUAAAAGACAAAAUCGAUACUUGCUUUAUAAAAAAAUGUAUUUUAAUUAAUUUACAUUUACAUGUAUAAGUGAAUUUUGUAGUGGAAAGAAUUUUGUGACUUUUUUGGUGAUUUUUUGAGACGUUUGUGGAUACAAAUGUAUGUAAUCCCCACAUAAAUAAUAUAUUAUUUGUGUUAUUAUUAUAACAAAAACAAGAUCGCUGUUUUAUGCGAAUUAAAUCGUCAAACCUGCUACGAAAGCAGGUUAACGAAAAUGACAAAAAAAAUAAUUACGAUAUAAGAAUAACAAUAAACAAUUGUUACAAGAAG